AUGGCUUUGUAUUUACCAAAGAGAAAAGACAAUGAUGAAAAAAAUUACUUGAAAAAGUACAAAGAAGAAAAGAUAACUUUGGAUUUCUACCGCCUUUUUCAUGAAAUAAUGACAUCUUGUUAAUUCAGUCAAUAUUACUUUGCUGUUUUGAUUAUAAUUGAUUAGCUGCAAAUCUAAUAUUACGCAUGGCAUCCUUAUUUAGAUUCAUUUCUUUAUAACAAUACUAUAAGGCUAGAUAUCCGGAAUUAUAUACAAUAUUUAUAAGUGCAUUUUUUUGUAUUUUAGGGAAAUGGUUUUUUGAUAGUUCUUUUCAACUAUAUAUUUUUAGGGAUACUUAUUUUCUUUACUUUAAUAGCCUAUUACGUUUAUAAAUAAAUGCAGAAAUCUCCAAGAAAAUUGGGUACUUAGUCAACACUACUUAAUUGGAGCUUGAAGUUGCUAUAUAUAUAUUGUUCUCUUUAGAUUACUGUUUUGCCAUAGAACUUCUUAAGUAUAUUUCUUAAUUUUAUAUAGUGCAAUAGCACGAGGUAUAUGGCUAGCUUUACUUGCUAUUAAGGAAUGGAAUUAGUUCAUUUACCUUUUGCUGCAAUUGGCCUUGUAUUGUUUCUUUUUCAUACAGUGGUUUGCCAUAUUUACUUUAAUGAUUCCAAUCCAAACUCGAAAUUCCCAUUAGCUCAACCAGAAACUCUAAGCCACUUUUUAAAACUUGGUUUGAAAUUCCUACUGCAAUAUUAUUAUAUACUAGAUCCAGGAGCUAACUUAGUUGCUUUAUACAAUAUAUUUUUUAUGGCAUUUGUGGCAAAUAACCUAAACGAUAGAUUUAUGAACCCGGCCUGGUAUAAUAGAUUUUUGUUUUGUCUGCAAGUAUUUGUAGAGUGCUUCACCUUAUUUACUACAUGCAUGAACUGUCUAGUCUAUUAUUUAGAUCCUAGUGCUGAUCCUAUUGGAUUCUUUUAUGUCUGCAUUGGUGGCCCUCUUUUUUAUGGAGUUUUUAUUACAGCAUUUGAUUUCUAUACUUUCUAAAUUACUAAAAAAAAUCUGGAUUAAGUUACGACUGAUGAUGAUAAGUAAUCAUUUGUUCUGAUGAUGAUUAUAUUGAUAAGAAAGAGAAAAGAUUACAACCAUGCAAUUGUACUUGAGGGAAUGGUAAAAUGGCAUAUUAAAAAUUGUGAAACACCUAAUUGUUUCUGUAAAGAGAUACUUUCAAAUGAAUUACUGAAUGUUGAUAGAGAAUUCUCUGAAGAAGAAUAAGCAAAAAUUGAAAGAGCAUGGUAUCUCUAUGUUUAAAUGAUUCUUUAAUACUUUAUAGAGCGAGCAAAUCAUCCCUAUAAACUACAUCUCAUAUGGGCCUACAUACUCUUUGAUAAAUUAAACAAUCCUUAUCGUUCUGUCGUUGAACUCAUGUAUACAGUAAAUACAAAGCCUAGUUUCUAAGAGGUUUAUUCAGCUUACAGGCAUUAGCUGAUAGUGUAAGAGAGCUUAUAUGAAGAAUAUGAUAAGAAAUGUGAGAGCCCAAAGGAAUUAGAUUUUGACAAAAUAAUGUCUUACACAAAUAAGAUUCAAUAUUUUUAAGAAGAAAUUGAUAAAUCAUGUGUUAUGCAUUUAAAUUAUUGGAGAGAGCUGAUGGAAUAAGCGCCUGAAAUUUAAAAGAUAGAAAAAAUAGGAGAAAAAAUAACAGAAAUUAGCUUGUCAAUAAAAAAUAAAUUUGAUGAACUCAUUGAUAUUUACCCAUAAAAUUUAAGGACUCUCACAUUAUAUGCGAAUUAUCUUAAAUUAAUUUUAAAUGAUACAGAAGAAAGUGAAAAAAUUUUAGAAAGUGUAGAAGAAAUAAAAAAACAACUUUCUGCUACUUAAGCUGUGAUGGAUCUUUAAAGAGUAAAGUAUGGAUAAAAUUCUAGAGUAGGCCUUAUAUUAUGUAAUAAUAAGCAUGAUGUUGUCGGAACUAUUCACAAAGUAAACAAAGAAAUUCUACAUAUUACAAAGUACAAAAAGCAAGAACUUAUUGAUCAAAAUGUUACUAAACUGAUGCCAAAGUUUUUCGCAGAAAUUCAUGAUGAAAUGAUAGUAAAUUUGAUGGUAAGUACAGAGUCAAAAUACAUGGAUUAGGAUCGAAUAGUUAUGCUUUAGAAUAAAUAACAUUAGCUGAUACCAUGUUCAAUAUAUCUGAGAUUAGUAUAUUCUAUGGAAGAGGGAUUUUUAAUUGCUGGUUUUUUAAAUGAAAUUUAAUAUAAAAAGCAAAGUAAAUAAAAGUCUAUAAAAAAAUAAAACUCUGGUUAAUUAAAUAUUACUCUCUAAAGUUAAGAUCAUUAUAUUCUUUAUAGGCCAGAUACUGACACUGUUGAAGGAAUCAGUAAGUCUCUCAUAAGUAAGCUAGGAAUUCCUGUUGAAUGUAUUUAAUAUAAAAUAUAAUCCAAUUCGCAUCUUUCUAUGGAAAGGAUUGUCCCAGAAAUAUACGAUCCUGAAGGAGAAGAAAACAUGAAAAACGGAAACGGCUAGAUAAUGGAGAUAGAUGUAAUUUAGAUUUUAUACUAUUACAUGCUUGACGAAGAAGAUGAAGAUGCAAUAGACUCUGAUCAACAAGAAAGUGAUGGAGACGGAUCUUAGGGAGAUUAUGAUUAUCAAAAUUCUUCUAGUGAAAGUAGUUAAGAAGCACUUUCUAAAAUAACUGAAGAAGAGAAGUUAGUAGAUAAUCAAAGUGGUAAGUCCAAAAGAUAAAGCAGGAUAAAAUCCUUCUCUGAGAAAAACUCUUUAAAAUCAAGGAUUAACAAAAUGUAAAGAAUAAGGGUAAGAACUCAUCUAAUAUAAGAGAGUGUUUACGAUGGAAAAAAGAUAAACAUGAUAAAAGUAACUGAAGAAGAAGAUACAGAAGAUGGAAAGAGUGAAUAUAAGAGAAAUGAUUAUAAGAAGCUUGCUAAGACACUUAUAGGUGGUAAAUCUCUUACAACAAAAAUUAUUAACGACUCUGAAAAAGAUGAUCUUCAAACAAAAGAUUCUCAUGAUAAAAAUGAUGAAUAAGCAAAGGAAUUAAAAAGUAAAAGCUCUUUAGGUUCUGAAAGCAAUUCUUAAAAUAUGGGAUCUUCUUAGCUGCAAGAGUCUGUUAAUGAAGACCAUCUCAAAUAAUUUAAAGAAUUCAAAUCAAAGAUAUAAGAAAAAAAGAUUCCUUAGCCUAUUGUUUUGAUGGAUAAAUUUGUUUUAUUUCUUCUCAUCGCAAUAAUAUCUUUACUUAUAGCUGAAUUUACUAUUAAAAUUAACUAUAUAAAUUACUUUUCCUAAGGCAUUUCUUCUAUCACUGAUUCUUACAUGAGACACAACCAAAUGAGUGACAUUAAUUAUUAUUAGAGAAAGCUGUGGGCAAUUGCAAACAAUUAUUGGGCGAUUCCUGUAAACUUUACCUAAGAUUCACUUUUUAGUCUGAAUUAAAACACACUUUUUCUCCACAAUGAACUUAUAUAGAAAACUUAGUUUCAGAUAAUUAAGGAUUAACUGCAAGCAAAUGGUAUUACUUCUAACACUUUUUAGAGUAACUAUAUAACUACCUCUUCCAUGCUUUAAAAUGGUUAAGUAGUAUCAUCACAGCAAGAAUUUACAGAUGCAAUAUUUUCUUAUACAACUGGUGCAAACACUAUUUCUAACUCUACAAUGUCAAAUAUGAUGUUUCCUGAUGGCAUUCCCUCUAAUCCAACUUUUGUAGGAACUGACUAAAAGUAUUUCUAUUAUAACAAGGUGAAUGGAUUACAUGUUUUAAGGAAUAAUUCAGAGUAUGAAGCUGAUAAGAUGUUCAAUUUCUAUUACAAUUUAAUAAAUACCUUCCAUUAAAGUGAGUUUAUCGUAUUCAUGACAGCAAUAGCAGUGAUUCUAGUAGGAACAUUUGGAAUACUGCCAUUUCUUUUCACUACACACAAAUCUAAUAAUAAAGUCUUAUCAUUAUUUGGAUUGAUUUCUCCAAAAGAAAUAAAUGAGCUAGUUUUAAAAGUAGAAAACUUUUAAAAUAUGUUUUUAGAUUGGAAAGAAGAAGAAAGAAACGAGCUUUAAAAGCUUUAAACUUAGAAAGCAUCACAAAGCCAAUCACAAUAAGUUCAAAGUAACACCAACAAUGCUCAAGAUUAAGAAAAGCCAGAAAAUUUUGAAAUUAAAAAUGAAACAGAAUCAGAUAAACCCUAAAAUGAAACUAUUAACAACGAGGAAAACUUAGAUAAAUUUAAGGAUAAUUAAGAUGAUUAACAUUAAUUUAGUCAUAGAAGCAAUAUUAAUUAAAACGAUUCCUAAGUUAUCAUUAACAUAGGAAGAGAAAAGCUACCUGAAAAUAAUUAGGUAUAAAAGUCUGAUAAUUAGAUUAAAAACGAUAAGGCAGAAGAUGUUAGGCUUAUAUUAAAAAAAGACAAUCCACAAGAAGUUGCUCCUUACACUUUGUAAGAUGCAGAGUCAUACCAGCAAUCUGUAGAUAAAAAGAAGAAAAGCUUUAAAAAAUUAAAGGACAGAAAGUAGGAAGAAAAGAUUUUGAGAAGUGAAAAGGAAAUUUUACAAGAAAAAAGUGAAAAAAUAAAUUAAUCAACUAACUCUAGCUCUAUGAAUGAUCUUUAUAAAAUUAUAAUUUUUUCUGUUAUUUUUUUAUCAGUUUUCAUAGCAUUGUAUCUGACUAACGAAAAUAACAUUUCGUAGUUGUAUGAUGUCUUUGAUCACUACUAUUACAUAUAGUAAACCAAUCCUAUGUUAAAAUAUGUGUAGGCCUAUACUCUUGAAGAGAUAUGCACAGGUUAACCAAAUGUAGAAAAUGGAUAAGAUUUAAGAGAAUAUUAUUCAGAUUUGAUUUUAGAAUAGUAAUAGCAAAUAUUUGAUUCAGCAGGAAAUAAUUUCCCAAGCGAGUUUAAUGAUUAUAUGAACCUAUUCUCAAACUUAAAUUUUAACAAUACAUGCUUUCCUUUCCUAACAACAGCUACGGAUACUAACAAUAACCUUACCUAGGCAGAAUGUUAAACUGUUGCAAAUUAAGUACUUCCAUAUGGACUAAAGUUAGGAAUUCAAAGUUUUAUUUUAACUACAAGAAAUAUCAUUCAAUAGUAUAGAAUCGCUGCACCUAAUUUGAGUCAAAUUAUUACUUUUAUAAAUGGAACUGAUUUCAUAAAUGCAGACAGGCUAUUAUAAUAUUUAGUAGGUCCAAAUGAUGGCUUGAGAGAUACUUUUUAAAAUGAUAUAUAGUCAUAUUUAAAUUAUUAUUAAACUGUCUGCGUAGCUUUAUUCAUUUCAUUUGUUUGCUUCUCGUUUAUCAUAAUAUUAUUAUUCUGGAUCCCUUUCAAAAGAAAUCUCACCAAAAAAGUUUGGAGAGUAAAAGGAAUGUUAAAUAUGAUCCCUAUGGAGAUACUUGUAAAUGAUUAAAACGUUAAAGAAGCAAUCUAAAACUAAAAAAUAUUCUAAGUUGUAAAUUGA